AUGAGUCAUGGUCGCAGGGCCGUCACAGCAAUUGCAGCCGGCGCGGCAAUCGUGGCGUCGGCUCCUGGCGCGUCGAAAACGCAAUGGCCAGGCGCAUCAAGUGAGCUGCAGGGCGGCCUCACCACUGCCGCGCUAGCAUCACGGCUGUGCCCGGGCGCGCGUGUCAAGAACGACGCGGCAAGCGCACAAAUUGAGCUGGGCCUGGCACAGCCAGAGCAUCGGACAGACGGACAGGCCGAGGGCAGUUCACCUGGUAGGCGGUCGCUGAUAGAUGGGCCCACCGACACGACACGAACGACACGACACUAUCAAGGCCCCAGCAUCACGGCAGACACAGCAUCAAGACAGACGCAUAGUGCGCGUACAGAUUGCGACUUGAACUGGUCAAACUGA